GCAGCCCCGUCCCCUGUAUUACAAGAUCAUUACAAAGUACAAAGAGAUUCAUGGGGGCAGUGGUGCCAACACGAAGAAGACUCGAUUGCCAAGUAGGCAGUUUGUUUCCAGCAAGCGGAAAACUGGAUUGAAUGCCUUUGAGAGGCGGCGGCAGGCUGAGCUUGAGGCUGCCGGAUCCCAGACAGGAGAGGAGACUUUGAAUUUGGAAGCCCUGGAUGCUAUUGCGAAAUGCAGUGCAAAGACGAGGCAGACCCAAACUCAGGUCGACCUCCGGGAAGCUGUGAAGAAGCUGCAGGCAGACCUUUGGCGGGACUUCACGUCUGGGCCCCUCUGUGGGACGGCCCAGAAGCUCAAGCAGCACGAGAAGGAACAUCUUGAGAACAAGGAGAAGUUGGGCCGGCUGGAGCAAAGGCAUUUGCAGGAGCAGCAUGUUACCCUGCCUCCUGGCUUUUGUGCUUUCGUCGUUCUUGGUGGCUGCAAGGAGGCGAAGACCCGUGUCAAAAAGCAAUUGCUUCGCCUUGGGGUCUGUGGCUCUGUUUAUGGUGGCUCUGACUUCCUGAACUAUAUCUCCGAGGAGAAGCUGCUUGCCAAGGUCGGCCCAAAUCACUUCGUCUACAUCUGCUGUGAUAGUGAUAGUUUCCUCCGGACCAUCCAUCCGUCAGUGCCAGAGGAUGACGACAUGAAGGAGGGAUGCAUCAGCCUCGCAAUCCGCGUCUUGGGCGGGUUCGUGGGGACGGAACAGUGGGUUAACCAUGCGGCGAAACGGCCGCACGAGCCGCCGGCCCCCAUCUUGCGGCUGCUCCCGGCCUAUGAACAGAACAUCCAGUUCUAUAUGUCGGACAAGGUUCACGAGAAGCUGAAGGGCAUCGUGGUUCAUCUGCAGAAUGCCUUGACCGAGAGCAUCCUAGCCCCCAACGUGCGGUGGAUGAUGAGAGAGAAGAGAACGCUUCUGUGUUCUGGCGGCAAGAAGUUCAGAAAAAGUGUUGUCGCCGUUGUGUCGGCCAUUUGGUGUCUGUCAAAGGAUGGAUUGACGUGGAAUGUCAGGGUCAAGAUGGGAAGCAAUGGUCCAAAAAUGGUCCUGGUCACAUCCCUGCUUUGUCGUUUCUUCGUCUUGGUAGGGGGUAUGUCUGGAGACCCCGUUGCCGGACGAGCGAACCGGAAGCGUGCCUUCCUCGUCGUGCCUCAGGUGCAGGAGGCCACUCGGAAAAAGCUCGUCAAGAAGGGCGUGGCCGGAACAUUAGUGUCCAUCAAAGACUUCUUUCGUGUCCUGACCAAGUGUCUCAGCUGGCUGGGGGCACUUUGGAUCAAUAUGGGCAAACCACGUACCUCUGGUGGUGGCAAGCCAGCGAAGAAGCUGGCCAAGACCAAGGCCGACGACACGGAGCAGCUUCAGGACGACCAACAUUUGUGGACAGCGAUCCGGGAAAGCAUCGGUGUCAUCCGUGCUGCGAAUGCCUGGCCGGAAGCAGGCUCCGACCCGUUGCCUGCCGAGGGCCUGAUGCCCUUGGGUCCUAACUGGGAUGGAUCCAUGGUCAAGGACGACCAAGAGCAGCAGACGCGAGGGUGUGGAGUGCUCGGUGACCUGAACUGGGAACGAGCCGGCCCGGGCUGCGUUCUGUCGUGGGGCGAUAUGUGCGAUGCACGAGAUUUCCAUCUCAGAAAGGACCACAUUGACCCUUUGCCGUGCACCAUGGUUCUCUGCCAGGCGGAGACCAAGAGGGGAGAGCUCACUCCAACGAGCCACUUGCCGCACUUGGCGGCCUUCGUCAUCGAAUGGGCCCACCUGCUGGAAACCGAUGACCCCAAGAAGGACGUGUUCGCGAAGCGAGCGCGAGUGUCUUGGGUGUCACAUGAAUCAUAUGCCCCAACAUUCUUUGCCGGUCCACACUCCGCGACCGAGGCCCUGCCUUUGCUCUUCGUGCGCUGCUCUCCUGACAGUGCGGAUGCUUUCUGGGGAAUCUCACAAGAGAGGAGAAACGGUGCAAGCCGCAUCUUUCCAGGCAAGUGUCACUGCUGGCUGCCGCGGGUUUUGAUCUUUGAGCCUGCAGUCUGCCAGGAAGGGAAUCAAUUUGCUUGCCGUCUGAGUGAUCGCUUGUACAUGUCGCCAGACUUAUGUUGUCUUGCCAGUCCUUCAUACGCCAUCAUGGGUGAGCUACAAAGGCUUCAGCAACUACAUGCUGGCCUCGGAAAACCAACGAACGCGGAGGGGCUCUUCCUGGCCUUUCAGGAGCAGGUAAAGAACCAGCGGCUGAAGUUCGGCUCGGGCGACAGCGAGGUCAGCUCCGAAGACAAGGUGGCAAAAUUGCUCAGGCUCAGAAAGCGAUGCCAGGAGGCCAACUGCUGGGAGUUCCUGAAGAGUAUGCAGUUCUGCAACAACAGCCCGACGUGGGCGAGCCGGUGGUCGGUAGUAACUCGGGUUCUGGGGAUUGCGAGCAGUCCCGACGAGUUCGGACAGCUGUAUAUCGGGAUGAAGGGCGACAACCCUGCACAAACUUUCCGAGUUGCCGUCAACGAGAUGAGCCGCGACAACCUGCUGGACACGUUUCAGGCUUUGGUUUGCACCCGCCAAUGCAUGCAGGCAAUCAUAGAGUCGACGACGGAGAGGGAAAAAUCUUCGGAGUGGAGAGACCUCCUUUCCACCUACGUGAAUCCGGAAAGCCUCAAGCUUUCGGGUGGCGGCUUCGCCGACAUCCACCAAGAAGCCUUCUUAGGCAAAACCGCCGAACAGGCAGCCGUCCUGCUUUUGCUGAAGCAGUUCUUGGACUUGGACUGUUUGCCAACCAUGUAUGCCGUGGUGGCUUCUCACGACACUGCUGUGAACCGCUUUUCGGACUCGCGGGUCCAGAACUUGGUGAAAAAAACAAUCGAGGAGCACAAUGCCGUGCAUCUGACGCCGCUCCCUCCGGUUGCUGCCCUGCCUGAUGCUGAGGAGAUUUUGAAAGAGAUGUCAGCUGACUGGGACGACAAGGAUGUGUCUGGGCCCGCCGCAGAGCCUGCCGCCCCUCCUCCAAAACCCAAGCCGGCCUCCGACCUCCAGAAGGCUAAGGUCGAGGUGCUGCGGUACUGCAAGUUCGUGGUGGCGGACAUCACCAACCUGAGCAGUGUCCAGACGGCCUUAGCUGACUGUGCCUCCAGCCUUUUGCCGCCCGACGGCGUGACAUCUGCUGGCAAAGUGCGGGGGUGGAUGUUCGACAGUGGUCUCAUCCUUGAACCCUCGGAAGUUUUUUCGCGGAGUCACAACAUCUACUCUCGGGCCAAUGUGGUGAAGAUCUUCGGCUCACAGGCCAAGGAGGACAAGGAUGCCCUGCUGGUCUUCGACGUGGGGUCAAGCCAAGCGAACGGUGAGAUUCGAAAGCAGAUGAACAAGCUCAACGUGCCCAAUGCGACGCUGAAUUCCUUGCUGCUCAUGCCCAGCUCCCAGGAGGACCUUGAGCGGCGAGCCAAGUGUGGGCCCGGUGGCCAGGAAACCUUGGUCUUCGCAGCGCCUCCGCUGAUUGCACGGGAACACCGCUUCAUCGGCGAAGGCACAGACAGCACCUGCCCCUGGCUUCCGAUUCCUUUGCCAGACCCCGCACAGCUGCCGAUGGUCGAAAAGAAAAUCAAAAGCCAGAUCAUGCUGACCAUGAAUGAGAAGAAGGAGGUCGUCCCGAUCUCGGGUGCCGCCACCAUGGUACCGGAUGAUGUGGGCGAGGAGGAGUUGGUGCCGUUGCACGUCAACGGCAGACACCAGAUCCUCUAUCGGGAGUUGUUUCAUACCUUCCGCUUGCACUCCAUCGUCCUGUGGACACCAGAGACAGCAGCAGUGGUGGCUGCCGUCAAAGACAAGGUGAGCUGCAUCGCAAUCUUACGCAACACAUGUCACAUGCAGUUGCUCAUGAACUCCGUCGUGGAGGAGUUGGCGAAGGACACUGCUUUUUCCAACCCGGCUCCCUCGAAUCCCGUGCCAUCAAAUCCGGUGGCGCCUGCCAAAAGCGAAACCACCGGAGAGGGCGGCUCGAACACAAAGCCCAAGGCUGAGAGCGAGCCUAAGAAGGCAAGUGCCGAAAAGGCGUUCCCGCCCAGCGAUGACGACGAGGAUGGGUCCGAUUCUAACGACUCCAACGAGAGCUAA